ACUGAGUGUCAGUCGCUGUCCUGUCUUCUGGGUGAGUGCACUUCCUUCUAGGACGCUGGGCAAGAGGCUUGGAUUUAAGCUGCAGAAAUAUUGAUAAGUACUAUCAUUGCACUUAGUCCCUAGUAAACAUGGGCAUCCUACUGGUCCUGGUUCUCCUGCAGUUACUGGCUGUACCAUCAUUCUCUCUAACAUCGCCCAGCAAUGACUACUGGGGGGAGUAUGGGGCUUAUGGGACGUGCAGUCGCCCCUGUGGCACUGGAGUAGCCAUGAGGAUCAGGCAAUGUAUCACUGCAAGGACAGAUGGAGGAAACAACUGCGUGGGAUCUUCAAAAUCUUACCGCAUCUGUAAUAUGCAGGCAUGUCCAGCGGGAUCCAGGGAUUUCCGUGAGGAGCAGUGUGCCCAGUUUAGUAGGAUGGACUUCCAGGGCAAACGUUACACCUGGCUGCCUUACCAUGGAGCGUCUAACCCAUGUGAGCUGAACUGCGUCCCCCGUGGAGAGAACUUCUUCUACAGACACAGGCCUUCCGUGGUGGACGGGACACCCUGCUAUGUGGGGCGCAGUGACAUCUGUAUCAACGGCAUCUGCAGGGCUGUGAGAAAUGGAGAAAUCAUUGGCAUGGACCGCAAUGUGGCGCCUGCCACUCCCGCUGCCAACCUCCGCUACCGCGAGCCCCUCACAUAUGCCUACACAUACAGCGCCUGGUCCGAGUGCUCGGCCCCCUGCAACAGUGGCACCCAGCACCGCAGCGUGCAGUGCAUGGUGCAGGACUCGAUGGCACCCCAUGUAGUGGAUGACUCUUACUGCGUCUCCCAGCAACUGCCCAGGCCGGAAAGCCAGCAGGCCUGCAACCAGCAGGGAUGUGCCGAGUACAGCGUGUCCAGCUUCAGUGUGUGUUCGGUGACCUGUGGGGACGGCCAGCAGACCAGGGAGGUGGUUUGCGUGGGGGCAGGAGGGGAGCGCUUUGGGGACCAAGCCUGCAGUGGUCUGGUACGCCCACCUGCAGUCCAGGCCUGCCGCAAGCCAGCCUGCCACAUCCACAUCAGCUGGCACGUCCAUGACUUCGGACUGUGCUCUAGGAAUUGUGGUGGAGGGGUGCGGGAGAGGAGGGUAAUGUGUAUGGACACAGACCAGAACCCAUAUGAGGAAGACAGGUGCACCCCCCACCCUAAACCUGCUACUGUGGAGCACUGUAACACCCAGGCCUGCCAUGAAGCCCAAAGUGUACCAAGUAUCCAUGACCCAACUGGACAUGACAGCACUCUGAGAGGAUAUGUGCCGUAUGACUCUUCAGCCACUAACACAGUGUACGACCCCUAUUCCACCACUGUGGUUGGUCCUCACUGCUCCCAGUCAUACUACGGCUGCUGCCCCGAUGGCCACACUUCCUCCGGUGGGCAUAGAGGAGAGGAAUGUCCUGCAGAUGACUGCGUACGCACCCGGUACGGCUGCUGUCUGGAUGGGGUGACUCCUGCACAGGGUCAUAGAAGGGCAGGAUGUCCUGAUUCCCACCCACUUGCGGACCACUCCGCUCCUGCUCAGUCUGGCCCUAUGUGUUCCCUGUCACAUGACGCUGGACCCUGUGCCAUUUGGACUUCCCGCUUCUACUACAACUCAGCCACUGGCAGUUGCACCCAGUUCUGGUUCGGCGGAUGCCAGGGCAAUGCCAACAACUUUGUCUCCAGGGACCAUUGCCAAAGGAAGUGUGGCGGUGCUGUCGUGACACCAAGAGUGGCAUCCCCACACGCACGGUCCGUGAGGGUGAGCACAAGGGCGAGGGCAUACCGUGUCCGGUCUUAAGAGACACAAGAAGAAUGUGUUUCAGUGACACACAUUAUCCUUACAGGGAAAAGGAAAAAUAUGAAGCAAUAUGAUUUACCUGUUUUAAUCUAUGAAUGUCUUUCCAAAAUUUGACCUGCACCAUUUCUAUUCUUUCUGUCAUUGUUGAUAUCAAUAAACUGAACAAAUCUGUUGAA